AUGAAAGUCCACCAUCUGAUCGUCAUGCAGAUCUUUGACUCUCAUCGAAACUCCACCGUAGAGGUCGACCUCUACACCAAACUCUUCUGCACAUCAGUGCUGUCUGGUGCAUCCACGGAUAUUUGCGAGGCUGUCGAGCUCCGUGUCAUGAAGGCUGUCGCCAAUGUGAAUGACACCAUCGCACUGGAGCUCAUCAAGUUCAGCCUCACGGUCACUGUGCAGAAGGAGAUUGACGACUUCCUGGUCAAGCUCGACAGCACGCCUAACAAGGGCAAGCUCAGUGCAAAUACAAUCCUCAGUGUCAGUAUCGCCAUCAUGAUGGUGGGUGCAGCUGAAAAGGGUGUCCCCCUCUAUCAGCACCUCACAGAUCUCACGGGGGUAAAGCCACCCUUCAUCCUCCUGUGCCCUGCGUUCAACGUCAUCAAUGGCAGCUCGCACGUGGGCAACAAACUCGCAUUCCAGGAGUUCAUGCUCCUUCCCACUGGCAUGCAUUCAUUUACGGGGGUGAUAAAGUUGGGUACUGAGAGAUACCACAUGCUUAAGAAGGUCAUUAGCACCAAGUAUGGUAUUGAUGGUGGAACUGUGAACAUCAGUGAUGAAGGUGGAUUCACUUCAAAUGUCUCUGGUGCAGAGGAGUCACUUGAGCUGCUUGCAGAGGUGAUCAAGAAAGCGGGCUAUGAAGGCAAGAUCAAGAUUGUGCUGGAUGUUGCCUCAUCUGAGUUCUACAAGGAAAAUGCCAACUCAGACCCGACCAAGUGGAUCCCCAGCAUCAAGCUCGCAGACCUCUACAUGAGCUAUGCUUGGAUCCACUUCAUGAAGAACAGCAGCAUCCAGAUUGUCGGUGAUGACUUGACAACUGCCCUUGAGAAGAAGGCGUACAAUGGUCUCCUGCUUAAAGUCAACCAGAUCGGUACGAUCUCCGGGUCUAUUAAGGUUGCACAGCUCAUGCAGUCUGAUGGCUGGGGUGUGAUGGUUUUGCAUCGCAGCGGUGAGAUGGAGAACAUGUUCAUCGCUGAUCUCGUUGUCGCCCUCAGUGUUGGCCAAAUCAAGAGUGGUGCACCUGCACACAGUGAGCGUGUUGUGUAG